AUGGCGUCUUCUGCAGUACAACAGGAAAUACUGGAUUGCUCUGGACAUGGAAAUGGAUCUUGCCCAGAAAAUCAAAGGCCACUGGGUGUCCGAGCAGGAGCCAUAUUCAUCACGGUGCUUGGCAAUCUUGCCAUGAUCAUUUCCAUUUCCUACUUCAAGCAGCUUCACACACCAACCAACUUCCUCAUCCUCUCCAUGGCAGUCACUUAUUUCCUCCUGGGGCUCACCAUCAUGCCCUACAGUAUGGUCAGAUCCGUGGAGACUUGCUGGUAUUUCGGGCUUACAUUUUGCAAGAUUCAUUAUAGUUUUGAUCUGAUGCUUAGCAUAACGUCCAUUUUCCAUCUUUGCUCAGUGGCCAUUGAUAGAUUUUAUGCUGACCCUUUACGUUAUUCCACGAAAAUAACGAUUCCCCUCAUUAAGCGAUUGCUACUUCUCUGCUGGUUGGUCCCUGGAGCAUUUGCUUUUGGGGUCGUCUUCUCAGAGGCCUACGCUGAUGGGAUAGGAGGCUAUGAUAUCUUGGUGGCUUGUUCCAGUUCCUGUCCAAUGAUGUUCAACAAGCUAUGGGGGACCACCUUGUUUAUGGCAGGUUUCUUCACUCCAGGGUCUGUGAUGGGGAUUUAUGGCAAGAUUUUUGCGGUAUCGAGAAAACAUUCUUGUGCAAUCAAUAACUUGCCAGAAAAUCAAAAUAAUCAAAUGAGGAAAGACAAAAAAGCAGCCAAAACUUUAGGAAUAGUGAUGGGUGUUUUCUUAUUAUGUUGGUUUCCCUGUUUCUUCACAAUUUUAUUGGAUCCCUUUUUGGACUUCUCUACUCCUUUGGUUUGGUUUGAUGCUUUGAUAUGGUUUGGUUAUUUUAACUCCACAUGUAAUGCCUUAAUAUAUGGUUUCUUCUAUCCUUGGUUUCACAGAGCGCUGAAGUACAUUUUACUAGGUAAAAUUUUCAGCUCACAUUUCCAUAAUACUAAUUUGUUUACUCAAAAAGAAACUGAAUAG